AUGGCCGAUCAAGGAGGAGCCGGAGCUGGUGCCCAAGCCGGAGCCCCAGUAACUACCAUCGUCCCUUUCAACAACCAGCAAGUCCUUCCGGCUUGCGCUGCCGCCUGUGGUCCCCUAUACGAUGCCAACGGUGCUUGUGUUCCGCCUCAAGUAGCCGCCGACGGUGGCGCCAAGGCCUACACAUCAUGUUUCUGUCUCGACCAGCGAGUUGCCGCUUUCAAGACCGCUACCCAGGGUGUUUGCGAUGAAGCUUGUGGCGCAGAGGGUCUUUCAUCGAUCGCUGGCUGGUUCCGCAGCAUGUGUGGUACUGCGACAAAGACGAAUGGAGGCUCAACACAACAAACUCAGGGCUCGGCUACGACGGGCACAGGAUCUUCAUCCACUGGUGGUUCAAGGCUUGCCAACCAAGACGGUGGUGGUGAUUGGAUCUCAAACCACUGGCAGUGGGUCAUCAUGAUCGUCGUUCUCGUUGUCGGUAUCACCGCCAUCUGGGUCGGUGCCUGUAUCUGGCGUCGCCGUUACCUUAAGAAGAAGGAUCGCCAAUCUCAUCUCAUCCAGAAGCACUCUGGGUCCGCUUCACGACCAUCCUGGGGUCCCGGCAUGGAGGCCUCUGAAUCUGGCGGCAUUCCCUACGACGACGAAUCGAACCGAAACUCGCACGGCCUCAUGCUCCCCGGUGCCGCCGCCGGUGCCCCCGUCGAAGAGGAGCCAAAGGAGAAGAAGCGAUGGAUCGUUCGCGACCGAACAUGA